UGAGGGGCAGAAAGACAAAUGCUCAAAGGGGAGAGAGUAGAGGAUCACUUUGCGACCCACAAGGGUUGUUGUUUUUCCCCAUGCACUAUUUGUUUGCACACCCGUACGCACAAGGACUGCUAAAUGAUCCAGCGCACUCCUCCAAAGGACUCUCGGGACUUACGGCUUCGUUUUUUGUCUGAGAUCCGCUAGCAGGAGGGCGCAGGAGCUCACUGAGCUGGAGGCAGUUUUGUUACAUGAACUCAGAGAAUCCCUGCGAUGGAAUAAACCACUGCAGAAACUUUCUUAAACUUCUGGAGAACUUCUUGUCGGCGUCUUUUGUUUUACUCCUGUAGGCCUACGUUUACUUUUCAGUUUCCCCCAAUCAUGUAUGGAUAACGGGAGUUUCGCCCAAGAAUCCGGCUCAAAUGGAUCAUCGCUGACGGGUUUAUGGAGCCGGGAUUACACAGCGCAGUGCCAGCCUGUUGAACGCCCACACACGGGCCUAUCACACACCAUCUGCCUCGGAGUAAAUGACACUCUCCAGUUGACACUAUUCAUGAAAGUAGUGUAGAGGUUUUGCAUAUGACACUGUUGUGAGUUUGACCCUCUCUUGCAGCCAGAACAAUGGCAAGCUCUUGCUCUUUGGCACGGAGUGUCUGUAGAUGUGUUUGGCCUCUCGGUUGUGUGCUUCUGUUUUUUGGCUACCUUUCUGUGGCCUCGCCGUCCCACGGUAGAAGACUGAUAUGCUGGCAAGCCAUCAUGAACUGCCAAGCCGAGCCCGAGUGCAAUUACGCAUACGAGCACUACUCGCGCGCAUGUGGCCCCGUGCUGAACGGGGAGAAGAGGAAGUGCCCCAGCCACUGCAUCUCCUCGCUGGUGCAGCUAAAUCUGACCAAAAACGGGCCGGCUCUGGAGGACUGCAGCUGCGCGCACGACCCGGUGUGCACGGGCACCAAACGGGCCAUCGAGCCGUGCCUGCCCAGGACUACCAGCACUGGCUGCACGGAAGCCCGGCGCCAGUGCGAGAGAGACGGGCAGUGCAGCUCCUCCAUGCAAGACUAUCUGAAGCACUGUGGGAAGCUUUUCAGCGGGGCAAUCUGCACAAACGCCUGCCGGAAUGUGAUAGCGAAUAUGCGUAAAAUACCCAAGGGUCAGCAGCUGGACACAUGCAUGUGUGACGGGACUGAGAGGGCCAUCUGUGAGUAUGUUAAGAACAGCAUGAAGGCUCUGUGCUUCGACUCUCCGGUGAGGGAGGAGGGCAGCGGCUCAGACUACGGCCCGUAUCCCAUAGACGAUGAGGACCCCACGGAACUGUACUAUACCGAGGAGCCGGGCAGCGGAGCCCCUCUUCCAGCAGCCCACUGUGUGUUGACCCUGCUGGCAUCCAUCUUGGCUCUAUUGCCCCUCAUUUAAUCCCCGGGUUCAUAAUCUGCCCCGACUUUUGUCCGGAUAAAAGGCAAUCUAAACUUCUGUCACUCUUUGACCUUCGUCUAUUGUGAAAGGUUAGAGCCUCACCGACUAAAGAAGAUGGUGUUUGGGCGCAGACCUUGUUUGAGUAAAGAGUUGUAGACGCUGAAGGAUAACACAUCAGGAUAUUUUCUAUGCAAAUGGGACCAGAAAGUUAUUUUUAAAACUGCCUGAGCUGCACGCUGCUCCUCUUAUCAAGCCACACCACUUCACGGCUCUCCAGAUGCUUUGCUUUAGUGAUAAGCUAAAUUAGAUUGUCUUCUUUCUCUAGGUCACAGACUCUGAUUGUAAAGUUGCCACAUAGAGACAGUUGUUUUGGAAACAAUGAAAGGCUUAAUCAGAUGCUGUGCACUGCCAAUCUUUUCUUUCUUUCUUUCUUUCUUUUUUUAAAGAUAUGAACUAUUUUUAUAUGACACUGUUGCCAUUUGGCACCAGGCUAUUUGAUUUACACGUAUUUAAUGCUGGAAUCUAUGAACUGUAUACAACUGUAAAUAGAUUAGGAGUUAAAGUGAAACAGUAAUUUAUUACAUGCCACCUAGUUACAUCCAAAUGUUCAUCAUGUGAAUAAAAGACUGAAUAUUCCAGCUUUAAAGGGAAGUUAUUUUGAUCGAUUCUCUUCAAAGAUAAUGUGUAUUGUAUAUAUGUGUAUAACCUAUAUAGUUUUUUUUCAGAGAAUCCUUUAUGUUUUUAGACUAUGAUAUGAUUUAUUCACUGUGUAUUGCCCAGAGAAAGAAAUGUCUAAAUCCACUGUAUGCUUGCCUUAAUUAUAUACUUUUAUAGAAGGCAUAAAGGUAACUUGAAUAUAUAAUUCUUGACUGUGAGUUAUUUGUUUUUUGCCACAAUACUCCCUUGAUACUGUUAAUUCAGAGAGUUAAGUACAUUAUUUUUAAAGAAUUCAAAACAUGACACAUUGUCAUUGCUCAGCCAACUUGAGUUUUUGUAAACAAUAUAAGUUCACCGGUUUUGUUUUAAAUGUUUGCAUGGUGGAAAAUAAAUGUUGGAUAAGUUGUUGGAAGCCAAAACACACUAUGAACAAGAAUACGUUAUAUUGACAAAAUCAAAAUUGUUUAAAUGUCCUUUCAUGACUCUUUCUCACAUCAGGUUGAAGUAACCUGCUUUGAUUUUCGGUUAGGUAAUAAAAUAAUGU